AUGCAAGACUAUACCCUGCUGAAAACACGGCCCAGCAUCACAGACGUGAGAGAGACAUCAGCCAUUGUGAGUUGGGACACUACGCAAGACGUCGACAGCUACGCGGCUAACUACUGGAUUCAGUACCGGAAGUUGAAACAGUCCUGGGACAAAGUGGUCGUGGUGGCCGUGCCCAAGGCUCCCAAGUACUCAAGAACGCUGACUGGUUUACGCAUCGGUGGCGCUUACGAAGUCCGGGUGCUGGUCAUUGACUCCGACGGAAAGUUUCAGGAAACAGGCUCGCUGACCACAAAAUUUCGAACUGUUUGCGGAAGGCCCACAUCUCCUCCAAAUAGCGUCAAGAUUGACAACUCCAGCGCUGACAGCGUACUAAUAACGUGGGAGAACCCACCUCGAGAGUCGUGGUUUUGCUGGAGCGCCAACGUCACCCUGGAAGUGAACGGGACCACGGAGUCCCUCAACCUGACCGAACCCGGUGUGAAUGCCACCGACCGAUUCGUCGUGCCCACGCGUCCCUUCACGGAGCUGACCGUUCGGCUCCGUCUGGACACGCCCGACGGUACAUCGAGUCAGUGGACGAGUCUGUGGACAGUCAGGUCCGCUGAGGACGCGCCCAGCGAAGUUCGGCAACUUCAGAUGACAAGAAGCUUCGCACGGCAGGCGAGCUUCACCUGGUUAGCACCGGCCACGCCCAAUGGUCGCAUUCGUGAUUACGGAGUCGUCUACAGACCACUGCGCCCGGUCAUCCCGUGCCGUGUGAUCGAACAAGCCGAGACCAAACUAAUUGUGCCCAUGUCGUCGCAGCGCGUCAACCUCGAAAAGCUACGUCCAUACACCGUCUACAUCAUCUCUGUACAUGCUGUGACCGUCAAACCCGGUCCAGAGUUCUCGACAAACUUCACGACUGAACAAGACGUUCCCGAGGGAACCCCGACGGCCCUGAACUACUCGAAAAAGACUGUUGACAAGUACGAGAUCUUCUGGGGGCCCGUUCCGUGUGAACUUGCCAACGGCGUCGUGCGCCACUACUACUUGGAACUGGACAGCGCCGACCCGUGGGAGAGCAGGCUGGUGAACCACACCACGGGGGACAUGAGACUCGUCUUCUGGAACCUGCUGCCCUACACACGCUACCGGGCCGAGGUGUUCGCAGAGAACGACGCGGGUCGCUCUCAAGUCGCUGCCGAGCUCAACUUCACCACGUCACCUGCCGCUCCUCCACCUCCCAGCAACCUGACGGCCGAUCAGCUGUCUCGAACGAACCUCUCUCUGUCGUGGCGCCCCCCGUACCCGCCACAAGGUGUACUGGAGCGUUACCAAAUCAAGUUCCGGACGAACGCCCUUCGCAGCAACUCUACCCUUCUCAACGUCGACCAGUACCAGUGCUCCUCCGAGAACAGCGACCUGGAAAGACACUGUUUCACUGUGUCCAACUUGCUGCCUGUCACUAUCUACCGUUUCUCGGUGAGGGCGUUCAAUCGCGGCACAACACACGGUCCUUACUCGGACGAGCUGGAGAUAGAGACAGGAGAGACGGUUCCAGAUGCACCCGGCAGCGUCCGCUGCGUGAGGAGAGAGGAAAACAGCCUCAAGAUUCAGUGGGACGAGCCUCACCGAACGAAUGGAAUCUUAAAGCACUACCGGGUGAACGUAUCUCUGACACAUUCGUUCAGCAGUUCGGUGAAUGCCAGCACCCGUCCCAGGGCGGUGGUUCUCGAAGAUCUCACCACGAGAGAGUACAACCUGAGUGAUCUCUAUCCGGGAACCACCUACAGAGUGUGCGUGCAGGCCAGCACAAGCGCCGGCUUCGGUGACGCCGUAUGCGACCUUUUCUCCACUAGAGCUGCAGAUCCUGUGGUACCAAUGGAACCAAGGGUGAAUGGCAUUGUGAACAGCACCAUCAACAUAACCUUGAAUUCGGUCGACUUCGUGAAGGGCCCCAUAACAGCAUAUUAUGUUUUUGUAGUACGAGGAUCUCAGGACGUUAAAGGACCGGUUGUUCCUGUCAACUUCAGCGACGCCCAAGAGAUGCAACUGGGUUACUACACGGCGGCGAAGUUCAGUCACAAGGAGGUCCGGGAGCUGUCCGACUUUGUCCUGGGUGCAGGAAACGUCGUCGGCGGCUUCGAGAACCCGCCUCUCAAUGACGCGACGCCUUAUCGGAUCGGUCUCCUCGUAGCGAGCAACUUUUCUGGUGAGGUUCGCUACGGAUACCGAUUGUCUGAACCUGUGGUGGUGGGAGAGACGGAUGAAACUUCUGAGAUCGGCAUAGUUCUGGCGGCGGUGCUGGCGCUUCUUGUACUACUGGCGUUAAUGUCCGCUGCCCUAACUUGCUUCUGCAUCAGGAGGCGUUCUGGGCCCGAUUCACAAAGAAAAAAGAGCGCCCAGGAUCCCCUUUCACGGCUGUCGAAACGGGAUGACAGCUGCCUUUCGGAUAUGCGCAUGACACUGAGCAUGGACACCGGCGACUUCCUCAACAUGACGAAAAUCCCGAAGGAGGGACUACCCUCAAAACCAGCGCCUGCGACGGAGCUCCAAGAGUAUGUCACCAAUGGACAGGCACAAGACAUGGACAAAUACGCAAAUUUCGAGAUCGCCUAAAAAUCUCCCGCAGCUUUUUAGAGUGCAUCCCUUACACA